AAAAGCUGGGAGCAAAGCCCAAACUACAUUGGUUUAUUAGAAGAGAAGCAAAAUGAAGACUUACUACCAGUUGUGCAUCCUCGUUGCCAUGGUGUUCGUGGUACACUCAGUACCACUCUCUACUCACUUGAACGAUGAAGAAUUUGCAGAGAAUUACUUAAAGAAAUUCUACAACAUGCAAAAGGAGAACAAGCCAUCUUUGGGGCGCAAGGUCAGUGAGAUGAGCUUGAAGCUGAGUGAGAUGCAGCAGUUUUUCGGGUUAAAGGUGACAGGAACUCUGGACGCUGAAACGCUGGAGAUGAUGAAGAAGCCUCGCUGUGGAGUUCCAGAUGUGGCUGCCUACACUGAUGGCUCUUCAAGUAACAAAUGGUCAACCAACAAUUUGACUUACAGGAUUGAGAAUUACACUCCCGACAUGUCUGUGGCUGAAGUGGAUGACUCUAUUGAGAAAGCACUACAAGUCUGGGCUCGCGUCACUCCUUUGAGGUUCACCCGCAUGUACAGUGGUGUAGCUGACAUUAUGAUCUCUUUUACUGUUGGAGAUCAUGGUGAUGGCUCCCCGUUUGAUGGACCUAAUGGUGUCUUGGCUCAUGCAUUUGGCCCCGCUUCUGGCCUCGGCGGAGAUACCCAUUUUGAUGACGAUGAGACCUUCACUUUCAAAUCUAAUGGAUACAACUUGUUCUUGGUGGCUGCCCAUGAAUUUGGACACGCCCUGGGCCUUGAUCAUUCCCGUGAUCCCGGAGCUCUCAUGAAUGCAAGGUACACCUACAGAGAUGUUGACAGCUUCGUUCUUCCUCGAGAUGAUGUCGGUAAAAUUCAGGCUCUCUAUGGCUCAAACCCUGACAAACCCGAUAAACCCGAGCCCACAGCUCCACCCACUCCUAAUGCCUGUGACCCCAAUCUGGUCCUGGAUGCUGUUACAACCCUGCGUGGAGAGAUGUACUUCUUCAAGAAUAAAUUUUUCUGGCGCCGCCAAUCUCAGAUCCCUCAAACUGAACAAUAUCUGAUAAAGACCUUCUGGCCUGAGCUUCCUGAUAAUAUCGAUGCUGCCUUUGAAAAUCCAUCAGAUGGCUUGAUGUACAUCUUUAAAAGUCAGGAGGUCUGGGCUUUCAAUGGGUAUGACCUCAUGAAUCACAAGAGUCUCAGUAGCUUCAGGUUGCCAGCUAAAGUGAAGAACAUCACUGCUGCUGUUUAUGAUGAGUAUACUGGAAGGGCAUUGUUCUUUGUUGGCAAAUCAUACUACAGCUAUGACAUGAGCACCAAGAAGAUGGACAAGGGUUACCCUAAACAGGUGGAAGAGAGAUUCCCAGGAAUGACAGGAAAGGUUACUGCAGCCUUCGAGUACAGUGGUUUCACCUACGUCUUCAGUGGAAAAAACAUAUUCGAGUUUAGCGAAUCAACGCUGAUGCGCGUGCUGGGAAACAACUACUUCUUGCAGUGCUAGCCUUUUAUGCCUUUUAUAUUUAUCAGCGGCCAUGCCAAUAAUACAGUAAACUAUUUAUUAAAUUAAAGAGUAAACUGUCAUUUAAUUUGUAAGUAAUUUUCUAAGCAAUUGUUAUUCCUUAAAUUGUACUUCUUAAAUAAACCUUUCUUGCUAAAUUAAA